UCGAGCCUUCCGUUCUGGUCCUCUCCAACCUUCCAUCUUGACGCGUUGAAGCAGUCCGAUUUGUUUGCGGUUGACACGCGGUAUCAUCGUCGUUUUCAUGAGUCCGAGCCGCUCCGCCGAGCCUUCCCCCGCCCAAAAGAAAGAGACAAGCGUGAGAGAGAGAGAGAGAGAGAGAGAGAGAGAGGCGAGAGAGAAGGGAAGAAAAGAAGACAAUAACGUCGUCAUCAUGCAACGCUCCAUGUCGCAGUCGGAAGUCUUCUCUCCCUCCUCUCCUCGCGCAAGCAUGCCUUCUUGACUCCGUCUUCUCCUCAUCUCUCCACCCCACCACUCGCUCCUCCUCUGUAUCGUUAUCUCUCUUCUCUCCCCUCCAAACCUUCCUCGUAAAAUUCCAACCCAAGAAAAGCAUGCAGCAGCCCAAUUCCGACGCCGCUGAGCUCCUUUCCAACCUUCUGGACUCAGUCGAAGAGACGGUCUGCCUCGCGACGGACCCCGAAGCCGAGACUCUCAACUUGACCUCCGCCCUCCCCGUCUUCGCCGCUUUUGUCGAACGGUUGGCACCAAUUCUCCAUGGCCUUCCACAGACCGAGGAUUCGGCGACGCCGGCGAUCCGGAAGGCCGUGGAGGCCCUCGGCACCGAGCUCCGGCGUGCCCGGGCACUGGUCCGGAGCUCCGCCGGCUCGCCGGUGGCCGUGCGGCUGAUGGAGGGCUGCGCUCGGGACCUCGGGAGAUGCCUCGGCCUUUUUCUUGAUGCCUGGGGGGAUGCUUUGGAUGAGGUUAAGAAGGAGGAGAUUGGGGGGCUGCAGAGGGAGAUGAUGGGUGUGCGAUUUGGGGGGUCGAAGGGUCGCGAAGUGGUGGAUGUCGAAGAUUUGGUGGUGCGGGUAAAGAGCGGCGAUGAGGAUGAGCUUGGGGUUGUGCUUCUGGAGCUGGGGAUUUUGAUUACCGAUGGAUUGGUGACAGAGGAAGGAGUGUGUUUGAUUCCAGUUUUGUUGAUUCGGUUGGCUUCGGCCAAGAGUGACAAUAGGUUGAAGAUAAUCCUCUUGCUGAGGAGCCUCGCCUUUCACAGUGAUGAGAAUAAGGAGAGGAUGGCAGGUAUCGAGGCUCUUUCGAGUGUUGUGAAGUCUUUGUCGAGGGAUGUCGAUGAGAGCAGGCAAGCAGUAGGACUGCUUUUGGAUCUUUCAGUUGUUGUUAAAGUUCGGCAAAGGCUUGGUAGAAUCCAGGGUUGUAUCGUGAUGCUGGUUGCAUUGCUUAAUGGAGAUGAUCCUUCUGCUUCAUGUGAUGCUAGGAAGUUGUUGUGUGCUUUGUCGAGCAACUCGCAGAAUGUGCUUCUCAUGGCUGAGGCUGGUUACUUCAUGCCAUUACUACGCUAUUUAAAAGAAGGUUCUGAUAUGCACAAGAUUCUCAUGGCAACAGCAAUUUCAAGGAUGGAACUUACAGACCAAAUGAAAGCUGUGCUUGGGGAAGAGGGCUCAAUUGAACCACUUGUGAAAAUGUUCAUUUCAGGGAAUCUUGAAGCUAAGUUGUCUGCACUGGGAGCCUUGCGUAACCUUUCUAGCUUGGCAGAAAAUAUUCCACUCUUGAUUAGUUCUGGCAUUGUAGCACCUCUGCUUCAACUUCUGUUCUCUGUUACAUCUGUCCUCAUGACUCUUCGAGAACCUGCCUCAGCUAUACUUGCAAGCCUAGCUCAAUCUGAACUAAUUCUUACAAAUAAAGAUGUGGCUCAGCAAAUGCUCUCACUUCUUAAUUUAUCCAGCCCAACAAUCCAGUCUCACCUUUUACAUGCUCUUAAUAGCAUAGCUAGCCAUUCAAAAGCUAAAAGAGCCAGAGCUAAAAUGAAAGAAAAUGGUGCAGUGCAGCUUCUCUUACCAUUUCUGACUGAGAGCAAUGUUGAAAUCAGAAACAUUGCCCUGAAACUGCUCUUCAAUCUUUCUAAAGAUUUUGCAGGAGAGUUAACCGAGCAGCUAGGAGAAACCCAGCUCAACAUCUUAGUAAACAUCAUUUCCGCAUCAGCAUCAGAUAGUGAAAAGGCUGGUGCUGUUGGCAUACUAAGUAGCCUACCUGUGAAUGACAAAAAGGCAACAGAGAUUCUAACAAGGCUGAAAUUACUCCCUGUUUUGAUCUCUUUACUCGGAGUAAGCAUCUCAGCCUCUUCAACUCCUACAAGGAGAUGGUUACUCGAGAGCAUUGCUGGUGUAAUGAUUCGGUUUACUGUUCCUUGGGAUAAGAAACUCCAAAAAGUGUCAGCAGCCCAUGGAGUAAUUCCUUGCCUUGUGAAGCUACUUUCAAGUGGAUCAGUGAUUGCCAAGUCUAGAGCAGCAACAUCAUUGGCUCAACUAUCACAGAAUUCACUUGCUUUAUGCAAGGUUAAAUCAUCAAGAUGGUUCUGCAUUCCUCCUUCCUCUGAAACACUCUGUGAGGUUCAUAGAGGUAAUUGCAUUGUCAAAAACACAUUCUGCCUAGUGAAGGCAGGUGCUCUAUCACCUUUGGUACAAAUUCUGGAAGGCAAAGAGCGUGAAGCUGAUGAAGCAGUUCUCAGUGCUCUGGCAACUCUUAUGCAGGACGAGCUAUGGGAAAAUGGAAGCAACACUCUAGAUAAAGCAGGAGGAAUUCAGGCUCUCAUAAGAAUUCUUGGAGUGGGUAGUUUAAAAUCUCAAGAAAAAGCAAUUUGGAUGCUAGAGAGGAUAUUUAGGCUUCCAACUUACAGAGAGCAAUAUGGCGAAACCGCUCAGAAUAUGCUUAUUGAUCUUGCACAAAAGGGUGAUCCAACUCUGAAACCAAUGAUUGCUAAGAUAUUGGCACACCUCCAGCUCUUGCUGAUGCAAUCGAGCUACUUCUGAGAGGGUUCAGUUUUGAUAUUCUGUGGAAUCAUCUAAAUACAAUGUAGAGAAAGCUUGAAGCUGUUUGGCGGGCAAAGGUUAUGCCAACUAAUGGUGUACCAUACUUCUUUCAUUUGUAUAUAUUUGCAGAUGAUAGCACAGAGUUGCUUGCCUAAUGCUUAUCGGUCGUGCCCAAAAGUGAUGCAGACUGAAAUCAGUCGGAAGAAAGCCCAUAUUUGGCUCCGGGCAGACUUCAAAAGAUUCCUAGUGAUCUGCUUA